GUAAACAUUGAAUUAGUGUUGAGUUUUGAAUGAAAUACACGUUUUUGUCACAACUUUUUGGGAUCAAUCUUUUGCCGGUGUCUUAAGACUCGAUGGAAUCGAUUGGCGGACAACGCCUGGAGGCCGAAGAAUGGAUACCAUUAUCGAUAACACAUGUGUUAUAUCCCAAGGAUGAUAUCAUUGGCCAACUCUUAGCCCUAUUAUCUCUGACACCAUUCGGAAUUGUUGUCGCAUUCAUAACGUUAACGCUGUUUGUGCGGGACAUACAUGUGAUAUUCUUCUUCGGCGGUCAACUGAUGAACGAAGCGCUGUGUCUGGUAUUGAAGCGAGUGUUCCGUCAGCCGCGACCGCAACAAGUGGUCGGCGCCGCCCAUCACUCGAACCGGUCAUACGGUAUGCCAUCACAACACUCGCAGUUCAUGGCGUUCUUCACCGCCUAUUGUCUCCUAUUCUUCGUGUUUCGGCUCAAGAGAAAGUCCUAUUCAUUUAAGGCACUGCUUGUGGUGGCCAUCACUACACUCUUCGCCGGUGUUGUCUAUUCCAGGAUAUACCUGUUAUACCAUUAUUGGAGUCAAUGUUUGGUCGGUAUAGCCGUCGGUGUAGUCUUUGCCAGCCUUACAGACAACACUCACCGCAAAGACCUACACAUGGACUACAAGAGGGACUCGUUUGGUGACCGCGUGUGCGACGACUUGUGUCAACUCGUACUCAAUUGGCUGCCACUCAAAGACAAGGUCCGGAUGAGUGGUGUCUCGAAGCAGUUCCAGCGCUGCCUUAAGACCGUACGCUCACAACAGCGACGACUAAUCAUUGGUGACGUGGAUCGGUGGACAUAUAGCGAGAACUACUGUCCCGGCAAGUGUUGGAAAUGGCUUAACAUGAAUGUCGUAGACAUCGACCAAUUGGUGCGAUAUCUGCGAGCGUUUGAUAGAAUCGAAGAGUUUCACAUCGUAUGGCACAAAGAGUGUUUGGAUCAAGUGAUGAAUGUUGUGGUCGACAAUUGCCAUCACAUCCAACACUUGACUAUCAGUGGGAGUCUAUCGCUGGCGGUGUCCACGCGUUUGAUCGAUAAAUACGGCCAACAAUUGUUGUCACUCGAGUUCAUCAGACCAUCUCUUGAAUACCCGCCGCUGGAACCGGAACUGUUGGCCGCGUGUCCGCGACUGUUGUCCUUAAGUGGUGUGUAUUUCUCGCAUUUGGUUCGCGACAAUCAAGUCAUACACAAACACCUGAAGAAGUUGGUCAUCGAGGGAAGGAUUAACGCCAAUACCAAUGGUCUGUUCACCACAUUUGUUGACAAUUGCCAUGAGUUAACGCGUCUGGAGAUAUCUCUGUACAAGAAUGACACCAAUCAGGCGAUGGAUAUCGUGGAGAGUAUAUCCAAAUUGCAAAGUCUUAAGGCAUUGAAACUGCACUUAAAUGUCCACCAAUUGGACAAUAAUUUCUGUCAUACCGUCCGAAACAUCGCCCGAAAGUGUCCCAAAAUCCGAUCGCUGGACAUGACUGUAGCCGUUGGGGAAUACUAUGACUUCCGGCGACUGUUUAUCGAAUUGGGAUAUUUCCGAAAUCUCAAGAAGUUGUCAUUCGAUACGAGGAAGUAUUCUCCGAUAGAUAUCAAUGAACUGUUGGACAUCAAUAAUCUUCGAGGACUCAAACGAUUGACUCACUUAAAGGUGAGCAGCGAUCAGAUCGGCGAAGAGUUCUUGUCUCAGAUGAGCGACGCUUUACCUCAACUCAAGAGUUUGCGAAUCAUUAUGAGUGGAGAGAUUACUGAUCAGACCAUGCGAUCAUUGGCCCGCUUAAGACAUCUGGAAUUACUAGAUAUCAAAAUAUAUGAAACUGAUAAUGAAAACGAUGACCUCAUGUCUGUGACCGAUGAGGGCGUGGAAGCGCUGGUCAAUGGAUGUCAUGGUUUGCAUACAAUUCUUAUGCAAAAUUCAUUGAACAUAAGCGAGAAUCUGAUCCACGCGUUGAUACGAAAAGCGGUUCAAAACCCUGACAUUUAUUACACGUAUCGUAUGAUUGGUGUGAAUAUUGAUGAGAACGUCGAACAGUUUCUGAUGGACUGCACCAAAGAGUUGACAAACAUUACGUUUACGGGUUGGGAAGACAACUCUCACCGCACAGACCAACACAUGGACUACAAGAGGGACUCGUUUGGUGACCGCAUUUGCGAUGACUUGUGUCAACUCGUACUCAAUUGGCUGCCACUCAAAGACAAGGUCCGGAUGAGCGGUGUCUCGAAGCAGUUCCAGCGCUGCCUUCAGACCGUACGCUCAGAACAGCGAUGGCUAGUCAUCGGUCAUGUGAUUCAAUUGCAGCUAGCAGAUAUAUACAGCGAGAACUACUGUCCCGGCGGUGAUAUAUGGCUGUCAAAUGGCCAGUCGUUGCUACAGAUGAAUGUGGUAGACAUCGACCAAUUGGUACGAUAUCUGCGAGCGUUUGAUGGCCUCCAAGAGUUUCAGAUCGGAUGUCUGACCAAUAAUUUAGAUCACGUGAUGGACGCAGUGGUCGACAAUUGCCAUCACAUCCAACACUUGACUGUCCCGAGGAGUCCAUCGCUGGCGGUGUCCACGCGUUUGGCCGACAAAUACGGUCAACACUUGCGGUCACUGGAGUUCAUCAGAGGACCCGUUGAAUACCCGCCGCUGUUGGCCGCGAGUCCGCGACUGUUGUCCUUAAGUGGUGUGUAUUUCUCGCAUUUGGUUCGCGACAAUCAAGUCAUACACAAACACCUCAAGAAGUUGGUCAUCGAGGGAAGGGUUAACGCCAAUACCAAUGGUCUGUUCACCACAUUUGUGGACAAUUGUCAUGAGUUAACACGUCUGGAGAUAUCUCUGUUCAAGAAUGACACCAAUCAGGCGAUGAAUAUCGUGGAGAGUAUAUCCAAAUUACAAAGUCUUAAGGCAUUGAAACUGCACUUAAAUGUCCACCAAUUGGAUAACAAUUUCUGUCAUACCGUCCGAAACAUCGCCCGAAAGUGUCCCAAAAUCCGAUCGCUGGACAUGACUGUAGCCGUCGAGCAAUACUAUGACUUCCGGCGACUGUUCAUCGAAUUGGGAUAUUUUCGAAAUCUCCAGAAGUUGUCAUUUGAUCCAACGAAGAUGUUUCCCACAUAUGUUAAUGAAGUGCUGGACAUCAAUACUCUUCGAGGACUCAAACGAUUGACUCACUUAAAGGUGAGCAGCGAUCAGAUCGGCGAAGAGUUCUUGUCUCAGAUGAGCGACGUUUUGCCUCAACUCAAGAGUUUGCAAAUUAUUAUGAGUGGAGAGAUAACGGAUCAGACCAUGCGAUCGUUGGCCCGCUUAAGACAUAUAGAAUUAUUCGAUAUCCAGAAACAGACAUUCAAUGGAAACGAUGACCUCAUGUCUGUGACCGAUGGUGGUGUGGAAGCGCUGGUCAAUGGAUGUCAUGCGGUACAAAACCGUUACAUUCAUUAUACGUAUCGUACGAUUGGUGUGAAUAUUGAUGUGAAACAGAUUGUGAUGGACUCUACACAAGACUUGACAAACAUUCAGUUUAUUGGCUUUUAA